AUGGCUGUGCCUUUGUUGCUGGGGUUGGCAGUUGCUUUCAUAGCCACUUCUCUUCUCCUUUUAUCAACAAAUAAGAGGCGGCGAAAUAUCGUUCUAGAACGCAUCAGCUUUCACCGUCGCCGGAAUUCCGCCGCGGCGACGCCUCCUCGAUCCCUGUCACCAGGAAAGAAAAAUGUUUCCGCGCAGAGUGAGCCUGAGUAUACCGAUGUGCUACCACCUUCUCGCCGAGAUGCCUUGAAAGAUGCUGCAACGUCAUUGGCGCCAGAGCAACGAGGCAAGCUCGAGACUCUAUCGAAAGCUGUAGAUGGAGCACCACGACACGGCGUUCCGCUGCAAGGACUGAAUGAGAAGAGCGGGAGCGGCUCUCAAGCAUUUCAAUUCACAUCUACAGAUAUCUCUCUUGCAGAAGUUGAGGCGCUUGGUGAUUUUCCCGAUUAUGCGGCCCUCAGCGGAGUACCUUUGCCAUCACCAUACAAGGACUUUGAUAUCACGAAAGCGCUGCCUCGGCCAUAUCGGCCUUUCAGGUGGGCAUAUCACCAGACCAUGUCGUUGACGAAGAUGGAACCAGACUGGUGGCUCGAACUAGAGAAUACCUACGUGACUCGAAUCCAGCAACGCAGGGACCUUUUUGCGCAAUACGGAAAGGCUGUGCUUGACCACCUACCGGGAAGUGAACUUGCGUGCAAGGAGCUUAUGGAGAUGGCACUACAAUUUCUUUGCAGUCGUUAUCCACAAUACUUUUCUCUAUCUUCAGACAAGAGAAUAUUGCACAACAGGAUUCUUGGAACGGAGACGGAUUUGAAAGCAAUUCAUCCUCUCCAUGUUCUUCUGGAGAACGUUCCAGAGGAUUUUGGCAUCAUGUUACGUGACCCCACCAAUGGUGCCUACUAUCUGCGCGCCGGCGUUAUCUGCUCUAGCCUGGGCUGGAACUUGGGAUUAAAAGUGGGCAAGCGGCUGCAUGAAAUUCACGAACCCGUUCCCGAUUACAAGGAGAAGAUGCAAUUUUCCAUGGACAGAUUCUUUUCUAAAAUGCCCACUGAUCGUCCGAUCCAGCGCGGAUCCUGGGGUCUCGAGAUAGACGAGCCGCUCUUCAUGCCGCCUGGAGAUCCGCAUGAGGCGCACAGAUUGACGCAACACGCCGACCUUCCCCUCUCUCGAUGCAACCUUCGGGUCGACUGGCAGACUUUGCGCCGGCUCCCCUUGAGCGGCGCUAUUGUUUUCAACUUCAAGGCUUUGUUUACACCAAUCUCAGAAUUCCGCGACGAGCCCUAUGUGCCUUCCUUGGUCAGGACGGUGCUACUCCACGGCAAAGAAAAUCUCAUGAAAUAUAAGAGCACGUGGCAUGUUCACCAUGUCGUCUUGCCGGCCCUGGAGCAAUGGGAGGCUGAACAGCGCGAAAAGGGUCUGACAGAUCCAAAUUGGACUUGCCAUACAUUAGAAGACACUCCGUAUUUUCCAGGCUGGGAAGAAAAGUGGCAUCGUCAGCAGGGAUUUUAA